CCCUUAUUGGACAUUUUAUCUUCUUCUUAUAAAUUGGCGGGACCUUUUCUUCAUUCUCGGUGGUUCCCCCACUUACUUCAACCCAACAUAAAUGACCUCCCUUCAGCAACAUUGGUCACUUCCUGACCAUUUACUCGACCUUAUUGUGCAGAACAUUGACGAGAAGAAAGACAUCCUUGCCUUUUCCAUGGUCCAGCAGUCAUGGAGACAAGCGGCCCUUCGUAAGAUCUACGAUCGGUUUGUCAUAUCUGUGCCUCCACACCUUUUCGAAAAGAGAAGGUGCUACCUUCGUUCAUUGGAGAAUUUCUUUGCCACAGCACGAAUUGGCAGCUAUGUAGCCGAACUAGUCAUAAAGAUGAAGAUUCUUCAAGACGAAGAAGAAGCUCCACAACCCGUCUUGGAAUCAUCUGCAGCUUCCAUAUCGUCCGUUCGCUCAAUGAGUUUUCGACCUACCUCUCCCAAAGGACUGGUACAGAUGCUUCGAUCACUUCGACGGAAUAGCUCAGCAUCCAACGAAGACCUAGCAGGCGUUCCAGCAACACCAAACAAGUCUACAGUGUCAUCUUUAAAUAUUUAUAUUGCCAUCUACAUUCUCUCUAUCAUCAAUCAAUGUCCCUACUUGCGAAAGCUUACUUUAGACUUUGGAAAGGAACGCUUUCGUAUGUCUUUGAACUCCGACUACCUAUUUCGAACCAUGUUACGAAAUGAGAUUGGAGCCUCCACCAUCAAGGACCUGACCAUUGUUGAUUUACCAAAGCUAUAUCUUCCUCACGACUCUAUGGCUGAAUGGAUAGCCUCACUUGGAGAACUUGAAGCAUUUACCGCUAGCAAGGUUCCAUCCAAUUUCUUUACACCAGGAUUCCAACAAGCCAUGGCCAAGUCAGCUGCACCUAUCAAGACUAUGAUUCUCAGGGAUAUCACGCUUUGGAACAAUGAGGAUGAUCUUGAACCCAAUUUGUGGUUCCCACCUACACUGCAGUCACUUAGGCUUGAGAACUGCUCACAAUUACUUUCCUCCUACCCUAUAUUGGUCACCGUGGCAUCCACCUGUCCUGAACUGCGCGAACUGCAUCUACCCGUCCUUCAAGAAAAACAGUCUAGGUUUAUCAAGCGUUCCAAUACCAUGAAUUCAGGGACCAAAUUUCCAGGGUCUCCUCCUACUCGUAGCAACUUGGAACACGGACUGUAUAAAAUAUUACAACGUUGUCAAGAAUUGCAAAUUCUUGAUUUGGCUGGUAAUACUGGAAUUUCUGAUGCUGUCUUAAUGAGCAUAGCAACUCACGGCGAUAAUCUGAAACAGUUACACCUGGACGAAUGUCGAGGAGUGACUGGUCGCAAUCUAGAGUGGCGAAGCUCUUAUCAUCUAGAAAUGAUGUCCAUGUCUGGCUGCCAUGCGAUUGAACCCCGCUUUCUAGCAAGCAUUCGUGACUUUUGCCCGCAAGCCGAAAUAUGGGCAUAGCCGCACUCAACUUUUGGUCACUCGCGCAGGUCACACGUGGCAUGACUUAUUAUCAUAUACAUUAGAUUAUAGUGUUUGGAUAUCACACUUUCCAUACCGUUUUGAGCAUUGUACAGCUGGGGACCAUUGAAAUACGACGAGCAAAUUUACUUAGGAUGGGACCUUCUUUUUUCAUUCAGUUUUCUGAAUUGUAUUUUUAUUUUAUUUUUCGAAUUACGUUCUUUUUGUCCGCAGAAAGAAUGUUGUACUUAUUGUGGACGCAAUACUCCUUUUUCUCUUUUGUUUAUAAACAAUAUAUUAUAGGAAUUACUUAUGUACAAUGAUGACAUUUCGAUGACUGGGUCUUGAUGUUUUUAGAUUUACAACAUGGAUGGAUGCACGUUGGU